AUGGUUUUGUCCAGGAGAAGUUUCACCAUUUUGACCGUGGCAGUCCAUGCAAUUACUCUAGAUGAACUACACUGCGGACACGACUUAUUUGCGAACCACCUGGAGGUAGCUCGAGACUUCUACUCUUUUCGCAACGACCUCUAUCGCUACAAGCCCUACGAGUUCGAAGACCCGGUGAAUGGCUAUCCAGAGGAGGUCCCCUUCUCUCAUUUACUUCGUGAAGAUGCAGACACACACAUCCAAGCCUGUCCAGAAGCUGUUGCCUUGGAGAUGCUGCUGAAUGCAGAACGACAUCUCUCACUUUUGGCCCGUACGACUCGAACAUCGGACGUUUAUGGAAAUGCCACGGAGGCGUGCAGGAACCAUCAAUUCUUUCAUGAGCUGUACAACACCAUUCCGUUCAAGGAGACGUACAAGGACUUGCUACAGGCAGCCUCCGACCACCUGAUGACAACCUGGCAUCGUCUUGGCUUUCAAGUGGAGAAGUUCUGCGGCCGGAUCAAGGAUUCCAAUGUGGUGCGACCGAGAAUAGGUGAAGUGGAGGUGCACCGGAGGUGCACCAGCCGUGGAAAAGAGGGUUUCGAGAAGAUCCAGGGAGACUCGAUGAGCGGUUGCCGAGUUGAAGGCUUGUGGAAGGAACUACCAGAGGAGUUGCAUCGGCGGACGACCAGACACUUCGAAGCACCGGAAGUGCGUGCUGCCACACGCUGGGUUCCGCGAGGCUACCUCGCCAAACUCUACAACUCCAGCGUCAAAUUCUACUCGGAGACGUGCGAUGUGCCUUUCUUGGACUACCAUCCGUUCCCAAUGGCAACUCUCACAGCUUGCAAAUACUGCAUGAUGGGCUCCAUGUUGAAUUUGCAGCCGACGGACAAGCUCUUUGAGCUGGGCGGAGGUUGUGGCUUAGGGUCCGCUUGGUUGGCCUCAUUCGGUGCCCAGGUGACCAUGAUGGAUCUUUUUGACCACCACUUGGAGGCCGCAGAGAAGCUGGCAAACGAGGUUGGACUUAAGAUUUCCUUGCGGCAAGGCAAUGUGGCGGAGCUGGAUGCGUAUCCAGACGAGUCUUUUGAUGUGGUGGUGGUGAAUGGCGCCAUGAACUAUCUGGGGUCUGCAGCCGCUCCUUGUGCCAUCUUCCGGCGGCACUAUCUCCGAAUGCUUCGACCUGGAGGAGUGAUGUGGUGGGGUGGCCUCAACAAUCCGUUCCUUGAUGACCUUUAUGUAAUCGGCGUUGAAGGAUGGAGCAAAUGCUUUCAAAGCUUGGCGGAUGCUGGCAUGGUGACUUAUACCUUGUUCUCUGAACUGGAAGUUCUUGGCGUUGCCGAAUCCUUUGACCAGCGCGAGUUGAGCUUGACUCUUAGCGACGAAAGAUUUCACAGGAGGAGGUUUCAAGCUUUGCAAACGAGCAAAGUUGCAAGGUUGCCAGAUUUAGCAUCUAAAUUAAAUGGCUAA